AUGUCUACGGAAAGUAGCCAUGCCAACGGUGCAAAACGAUCGCUCAGUCCAGACGAUAGCAAUGAGGGACAACAGCACCAGGGCAGACAGCGGUCGCGUGCGGCUUGCACGCCUUGUAGAACUCGCAAGCGCAAAUGUGAUGGCAAKAUUCCAUGCGCUACUUGCUUACGAUAUGAAUAUCGAUGCGAGUAUGCUCACAGUUCGAAACGUCCAUCAAUGAUUCCUGCAGAUGUCGCAGCAGAACCUCCUCCACCACAGCCCAUUGGAAGAACCGCCCCGAGUAUUAUCCAACUACAGGCACAUCCUCUUACAGCACCCGGCGCGCGAUUUCAUCACCGUGGAAUUCUUGAUCCAGUCAAGACUCGCUUCGUCAAGGCCAAUUCUGCCAUUGCCUUUCCUCGUAUCAUUGGCAUGGACCUGGAGUCUGACAGUAUCCCCAGAUUGCAUUCUUUUGCGUGGCAUCUAGGCAUUCGGAAUGAGCCAAAGGAACCUCCGUUCAACAUCACCACCAGUAUGACAUGGGCAGAUAUGCAGCGUCUAGCAGGCGUUUAUUUCAAAGUUGUCAAGCCAGAGUUCGGGCUUCCCGAUGAGAUUGAGUUCAUGGAGCACGUCGCAGCCCGCUUUUCGAACCCUACCGGAGUGAAAGAUAUCGACUCAGUAGCACUCGGCGUGGCGGCUUUGGGAUCUUUCUUUUCGCCAAAUCCUCAUCCAAACGAAGAAGUUUUCGUUGCAGAUGCAUGGAGAGUGCUUGAACAGAGAAGUGUUACAAAGUCUCCAUUGCCAAAUCAUGUAGCGGGAUGGAUCCUUCGGACUUUGUAUCUGAGAUUGACAUCCCGGCCUCAUGCUUCGUGGGUGUCGUCUUGCAUCGCUAUGCAUCAAGUGGAGGCCAGCGGACUGCACAAGGAGAUGCAGACGAUUGCUGUAGUCUAUCCUCCUACUAAUGCGGAUCACAAGCUGGCGAAACAAAGACGACGUCUAUUCUGGAUCGCACGGGCUAUGAACAUCUUCUUGUCUUUCGAAUACGGCAGAACCAGAGUCAACUACGAUGUUGUGACGACGAAGAAGUUCGCUCCAGAAGCAGGCAGCUUCGCACACCAAUUUGUGGAGCUGAUGGAUCUACUUCCCAAUGACUUURUUGACCGAGAGCGUGAACCUGACCCCCCAGCAGCACUCGGUGCGGCUUUGACGAAAAUCGAGACCAUGCAAACCGAAUCGCACUUUAUCUCUAUGCUAAAAGCCGAUCUAGGAUUCGCCAUCUACCGAAGACUUUGGCUCAUGAGCUUGACAGAUGCCAAAGAUCGGUCUGACACGGUGAUUAGCAUUGGCAAGUCUGCUCUGGAGGCCGCGUCAGGAAUGCUGGCCACCAGAACUMCCUGGUGGAAUGUCCUCUGCACGCCCUUUCAGUUCCUCUGCGUAUCAAUUGCUGUAGGCACACCGAGGAGCCUAGCCAAUAUCCAGGAUGCAAUGACACUGAUGCACAACAUCGCCCAAGCAUACGAUACACACAUGGUGCGAGAGGCUUAUAACCAAGCGACAGCCUUGGUGGCUAUGGCGCGCAAACGGAAGCAAAAGGAGCUCGAGGCGCUCAUGGCUGUACCCGAAACUCCGCCUUUUACCGAUCAUCCWUCUGCUGGACCGAGCAGUACUCUGUCUGAACCGCCGAAUCUCGACUGGGCAAUGGACUUGCCGUUUGAGUGGGAUUUAUUCCUGAACCCUGAAUUGGUGGUAUCGAGCCAACAGCCAGUGCCUACCAUGGACGCGUCAACCUACAUCAGCAAUCAGUAUAAAUUCUGA